GCUACCUGUGUUUACUUGGCGCAGCUAACGACGCCAGAGCGAAAGGGAAACAGAGAGGCUGGAGUUGACAGGGCGACAGAUUAACUCCGGGAUCCAUCGGAGCCAUCUGCAGCCGACCAGGCGGCCACACAGCAGGCGCGUUGAACGGAACCGAGACGGACUCCAGCCUCGGUAACAGAGCCGCAACCCGGAGCAACGCGCUCGCCCCGCAGCGUUGAAAUGGACCGGACAGGACGCCCGACGCUGCUUCGGAUUCCUCCGUGAUCACGACUUGAAGGGACUGAAUUAAGCUGGGCACUUGGAGCACAGGGAGACAAGUCUGAAUAUUUACCACAAAAGGCUGGAGAUCAUAUCCUAUCCUCAGACUCUGUAAGACUACCCCGAAAAGUUACACAGCUGAUCCAGGAACAAGAAAAUCUCCCAAAACGACUUUACCUAACUUCAACCUGCUCAGGGGAAAUGGAGAACUGACAACUGAAGACUAGCAGGCAACAAAAGGCUGUUCUUCCACCAGUCUGCCCUAGACAUGUCAGGGCCUAAGCGUCAUCAUGAUGGGAAGGUCGCAGGGCUGUACGAUCUUGAUAAGACACUGGGCCGAGGACACUUUGCAGUGGUCAAACUGGCACGCCAUGUAUUCACCGGAGAGAAGGUUGCAGUAAAGGUGAUAGAUAAGACUAAGCUGGACCCAGUGGCACGGGGUCACCUUUUCCAGGAGGUCCGCUGCAUGAAAAUGGUGCAGCAUCCCAACGUGGUGCGCCUUUACGAGGUCAUCGACACAGCCACCAAACUCUACCUCAUUCUCGAGCUGGGGGAUGGAGGAGACAUGUAUGACUGCAUCAUGAAGCACGACGGAGGCCUCAGUGAAGAGGUGGCCAAGUGUUACUUUGCCCAAAUCGUCCACGCCAUCUCCUACUGCCACCGGCUCCACGUGGUUCACAGGGACCUGAAGCCUGAAAACGUCGUGUUCUUCGAGAAGCAGGGCGUCGUCAAGCUCACCGACUUUGGUUUCAGCAACCGUUUUCAGCCCGGAAAGACGCUGAACACGUCCUGCGGCUCUCUGGCUUACUCGGCGCCUGAGAUACUGCUGGGGGACGAGUACGACGCUCCUGCCGUCGACAUCUGGAGUCUGGGGGUGAUCCUCUUCAUGCUGGUCUGCGGUCAGCCCCCCUUCCAGGAGGCCAACGACAGCGAGACCCUGACCAUGAUCAUGGACUGCAGAUACACAGUGCCUCCGCACAUCUCCCAUGCCUGCAGAGACCUCAUAGGCCAUAUGCUGCAAAGAGACCCGAAGAAACGAGCUACUCUUGAGCAGAUCGAGAGCCACGAAUGGCUUCAAGGUGUCGACCCCUCCCCGGCCACCAAGCUGUCCACCCCUCUGGUGUCGUAUCGCAGUUUAUCCGAGGAGGAGCACGGCUCCAUCAUUCAACGCAUGGUCCUGGGAAGCAUCGCAGACAGAGAUGCCAUAACUGAGGCUCUGGAGUCAAACCAGUACAACCACAUCACCGCUACGUACUUUCUGCUGGCGGAGAGGAUGCUGAGGGACAGACAAGAAAAAGAGCAGCACAGCCAGACACGGUCGCCGAGCCCAAGCAAGGCCCAGUUCAGGCAAUCUUGGCCGACCAGAGUAGAUGUUCACCAGGAAGUCAGUGACGGCAUUGGAGGUCCUGCUAUAUCCCACCCUGGGGGACCACAGUCCCCUGCCCGAAGUGCUGAGAGCCUCCAUAAAGGUCCCAGGCCUAAAACCGCUUUGCUGGACCUCAGUCAGCGGCAGGAGAACCUGACUCCAUCUUCCAGCCAACAACAGCCUGCACGACAGAAUCAGGAAAAGAGUUUGAGGCCUCUGGGAAAGCCCCACUCCAACCCCCUCAGGUUGGGCUCUCUUGGGUCAGUGAGUCAGGCCAAACCACGAAGUCCCAGUCUUUUCAGCGUGGAGGAGGACGAGGAAGAAGAAGGAGCAGACGACAAAUGCUUGCCCCCUUCUGCUCUGCCUUGUCAAGUCGUGCUUCGCUCCAAAACCUCCGGCUCCUCUUCAUCGGUGUCUUCUUCUGGUAAUCGUAUGACUUCUCGAAUGAGUGCCCCAGUUCUAAACCAGAUUCACGAGGAAGAUAGAGAGAACGAUGAAGAGGAGGAAAGUAGAGAGUUACAUGGACUUGGUCCUCCUAAACCCAGUCUUAGCCUGAAUUUGAACUCUAGAAUACCAUCACCUUCAACGCUAAUGUCCUCUCCUAGGACGCCAACAAAUGCCACUCUCACUCCCAGCUCAGAGACCAGUGACGAUGAGGCAGGAAGUCACUUUAAGCCACAUACAUUGACUGUAGUGGGACAAGAGGACGAUCGAGAAGAGAGGAAAGCAGGCGGUAAGAAAAGAGGGGCUGAACAGGGUAGUCCCCCCAACAUUGCCAGUCCGGGAUCGGCAUCAGUACAGGGGAAGACUACGGCCAAAGCAGCCAGUGGGCUUGUGGAAAGCCUAAAACUCAUGAGUCUGUGUCUGAGCUCUCAGUUCCACAACCUGACAGGUGGAGGAGGGAGUGUUGUUGGUGGUGGUGGUGUUGGUGGUGGUGGUAGUGGUGGGGGCGGCGUCAGCAGCAGUGUUGGAACGGACUCGCAAGAGCGUCCCAUGUGGAGGAUGUGCAUGGGGGGCUCCACCGGCAGCCUAGACAAAGUGUCACUGCUUGGCGGGCCCUCACCAAAGGGCAACCUUUACCACCAGCCCCCACUGGGAGACCUGCUGGCAGAUCCUCUGCUGGACGGACCCUGCCCGGGAACCCUGAGACUAGGAGAGCUGGAUUUGGCCAGGGAAAACCACAGGAACAUAAAGAACCGCACACUGCAGAUGCCUCUGAACGAGAAGACACUAUCCGUCAACAUCCACCGAGGCCCCAAGGAGGGUCUGCUCUGCAACCCUACCCCCCACAGCUGCUGCCAGGUCAUAUAGUGCCGCGGGCUGUAUCGAUUCCACUCCUCCUCUCCCGUUCAUAUCACUUUUCUUCCAGCUUUUAUUUAACUUACAUGAACGGGUUGUCAUGAGUUCACACUGUGUUUUUCUUGUUUGGUUUUGACCAACACCUAAUGGUGGCUAGCUGGGUGGGAAUUCCAAAAUUGCACAAUUGGAGACGAAAACGUCUCCAUGGAGGAGACUGUGUGUAAGUACGUGAAGCACUUUCUGUAAAUUGAACAGAACACUAUGGGGAUGUUUUAACUUGACGGUGUAUUUAAUCUGUAACGUUAGAAAACAGACGCAGAUAGAGGAGUUACUCUAAACCGUGCUUCUUCACGCGGAUUCUGCUGUACGUACACAGUGUUCACCAAAAUAAGCUGACAAAUAAAAGCUGGUGAGUUUUAGUAUUGGGUUACAUAUCAUGAUUUUGUUCCAGUUUGUUUUUAUUGUGUUUUUAUUUUUCAAGACAAUCUUUUAUUACUCUGUUUGAAAAUGUAAGUUAUGUCUGUUUUCUUUCGAAUGAGGAAAGAUACAGGGCGGGAACAGAUAACAGCACCUAAGCAUGACAGAGGCACACUAUAUUUUUUAUCAUCGUUAGAGGUUUUAUUUAUCUUGAACAUGGUCUGCAGACAGAAACACUGACUUUCUUUUAAAUGUUUUUUGUUGUUGUUAAAUGUCUGCAGACUUUGUACAUAUGUGAAUAGCUUGACAGUACUCUGUACCAGUAGUAUUAAUGGUAAAGUUGUAUCGCAGUAGAGACCUGAAUGCUAGAUCCUCGUACACCAUUAUCCUAUCAUUCCUACCGGAUCCUCGAGGUCUUGGGUGAACCCAGAGCUGUUGGUUUUUUUAAAUGCCCGAAGAAGAACAUCAGGCGGAAUUGAAAUGCGGCAAAUGCAGCUCCGGAAACUCAUAAGUGACUCUCAGUUCAUGUGAGGAAGGACAAACAAAUAAAAAAUAAAAAUAAAAACUCUGGGUGCAUCCUCUAACCGCGUCCAUCCUGUAGUUUGUCCAGGAGCACAGUAGCCACUGCUGUAGCGUAUUCCAAGACUACAACAAAAGGGGUUUUUACGAGAACACAACACUCCCCCCACUCAAGUGUUGAUCUUUGUAACUGAAUGUGUGACCCACCCCUCGUGGAAUAUAUAAACCGAUGACAGUGCAUGUGUUUUGCUGUAGCAACGUCAUUUCUUACCCACAAGGUUAAAGCCACCUGUUGUCUCUACCUAAGUAAACGGAUAUAAGUGGUCACUUUACUGUAACCUCACAGCAAUACCAGCAACUUUAAAAUGUACGAUGGGCGUGCCAUAAAAUCUGUCUUAAGCAUAUUGUACUGUAUGUAUAUGAUAGAGAUCUAUUACAAUAAAACGAUGUGAAUGAUGUCUAA